GCGGGAAGAGGCGGAGCUCCCCAGCCGGCUCCGGGGCCGUCCCGCGCCCAAGCGACCACUCCGCGGCAGGCCGGAGUCAGCCCGGCGCUUCGCGGUAGGAGGGCCUCGCCGCGCAUGCGCUCCACGGGUACGGCCCUGGCCGCAGCAGUAGAAACGCGACUGCCUCUGCCAUUUUUUUCUGCGGUGGCGGCUGCCGGGAAGGUCGCGCUUCGUCAUGUGGGGCCGGUAUAGCGCUGCGGGGCGGCGACUGGCACUGAGGAGUCUCGGCCGUGUAUAUAGUGCCAGACCAUUUAAUCAGAGACUGUGGCGAUGGAAAAGCAGUUCUGCUAAUGAAAAGGCACUGCAGUACAAAACUGGAGAUCACAUGCAUGGAUUCACAGUAAACCAGGUGACAGCCGUACCUGAGUUAUUCUUAACUACUGUCAGCCUCAGCCAUGAUAAGACAGGAGCCAAGUAUUUGCACGUGGCACGAGAAGAUUCCAAUAAUCUAUUCAGUGUUCAAUUCCGUACCACCCCCAUGGACAGUACGGGUGUCCCCCAUAUCCUUGAACACACUGUGCUUUGUGGUUCACAGAAGUACCCUGUCAGAGAUCCUUUCUUUAAAAUGCUCAACAGGUCGCUCUCCACGUUCAUGAACGCAUUUACAGCUAGUGACUAUACUCUCUACCCAUUUUCCACGCAAAAUCCCAAGGAUUUUCAAAAUCUUCUGUCUGUAUACCUGGAUGCUGUGUUUUUCCCAUCUUUGAGACAUCUGGACUUCUGGCAGGAAGGCUGGAGAUUAGAACAUGAGAAUCCAACAGACCUCCAGACAUCAUUAGUCUUCAAAGGAGUUGUUUUUAAUGAAAUGAAGGGAGCAUUUACAGACAAUGAGAGAGUAUUCUCUCAGCACCUUCAGAACAAAAUUCUCCCUGAUCACACAUAUGCAGUUGUGUCUGGUGGUGACCCACUGAAGAUCCCUGAUCUUUCCUGGGAACAGCUGAAGCAGUUUCAUGCAACACAUUAUCAUCCCAGUAAUGCAAGGUUCUUCACUUAUGGUAACUUCCCACUAGAGCAACACUUGAAACAAAUCCAGGAGGAAGCCCUGAGUAAAUUCCAGAAAAUUGAGCCAAAUACGGCUAUCCCGCCACAACCACUCUGGGAUAAGCCUAGGGAACACUGUGUGACGUGCGGCACGGAUUCGCUUGCUACAGAUUCUGAGAAGCAGACAAUGGUCAGCGUGAGCUACCUCCUGGCAGACAUUACAGAUAAUUUUGAAACCUUCACACUAAACCUUUUGUCUUCGCUGUUGGUUGGUGGUCCCAAUUCUCCUUUUUAUAAAGCUUUGAUCGAGGCUGGUCUGGGUACAGAUUUUUCACCAGAUGUUGGGUUUAACAGCUCCACAAGAGAAGCUUAUUUCAGUGUCGGCCUUCAAGGGAUUGCCGAAGAAAACAUUGAGACUGUCAAGCAAAUUAUUUCCAGGACUAUUGAUGAAGUUAUUGAGGAUGGAUUUGAGGAAGAAAGGAUUGAAGCCUUGCUUCGCAAAAUUGAAAUCCAGAUGAAGCAUCAAUCAACUAGUUUUGGACUUGCUUUAACUUCGUAUAUUGCCUCGUGCUGGAACCACGAAGGAGACCCCGUUGACCUUUUAAAGAUUGCCGAGAAAGUGGCUCGGUUCAGGCAGUGCCUCAAAGAGGAUCCCCAGUUUCUUCAGAAAAAAGUGAAGCAGUACUUUAAGGGUAACCCCCACAGGCUGACGCUGUCAAUGAGUCCAGAUGGAGCUUUCUAUGACAAAAAAGCAAUGAUGGAAGCAGCAAAACUGAAAGAGAAGAUUGAAGCUCUUUCUGAAGAAGAGAAGAAACAAACGUAUGAAAAAGGGCUGGAGCUGCUUGAUCUGCAGAGCAAGCCUCAAGACACUUCCUGCCUUCCAGCCCUGAAGGUCUCGGAUAUUGAGCCUAGGAUUACGUUUACUGAGCUGGAGACGUCGAUUACAGCUGAGGAUGUCCCUGUCCAGUACUGUGCUCAACCCACAAAUGGCAUGGUCUAUUUCAGAGCUGUUUCCAGUCUGAAUACCCUCCCGGAGGAGCUCCGACCUUACGUCCCGCUUUUUUGCAACGUCAUCACCAAAAUGGGGUGUGGAGCUCUCAGUUACAGAGAACAGGCUCAAGAAAUAGAUCUGAAAACUGGUGGCCUUUCUGUCAGCCCUCAUAUCACUGCAGAUGACUCCCACUUGGACAUAUAUGAACAGGGUGUGCUAUUUUCUUCUCUGUGCCUGGAUCGACAUCUGCCCGACAUGAUGCACAUCUGGAGUGAAAUAUUCAACAACCCCCACUUUGAAGAUGAGGAACACUUCAAGGUCUUGGUUAAGAUGACGGCUCAAGAGCUGUCGAAUGGAAUCCCCGAUUCCGGGCACAUGUACGCCUCGAUUAGAGCCAGCAGAACCCUGACGCCUGCAGGCGAGUUGCAAGAAAUGUUUAACGGCAUGGAGCAGGUGAAACUGAUGAAGCGGAUUGCAGAAAUGUCUGAUAUUAAGCCAGUACUCCGCAAAUUGCCACGCAUCAAGAAAUACCUCUUAAACAGCGACAACAUGCGAUGCUCGGUGAAUGCCACCCCUCAGCAGAUGCUCCAUGCUGCAAAAGCUGUAGAAAGUUUUUUAAAGGGUAUUGCCAGGAGUAAAAAGGAACGUAAGCCCACCCGCCCCCAUGUGAUUAAGAAACCUUCAGAUCCCAAAACUGCUGGCAGUGAAGCACUUUCUUGCUCCCAGAUCCCUAGGAAGCUAAUUACGGAUCCAACUUUCCAACCAUGUCAGAUGAAGACUCAUUUUCUGCUUCCCUUCCCCGUCAAUUACGUUGGCGCCUGUGUUCGGACAGUUCCCUUCAUGGCCUCUGACCAUGCAAGCCUUCGCAUCCUUGCCCGGUUAAUGACUGCUAAAUUCCUGCAUACGGAAAUUCGAGAGAAGGGGGGUGCAUAUGGAGGCGGUGCUCAGCUUGCCCAUAAUGGCAUAUUCAGUUUCUACUCGUAUAGGGAUCCAAAUUCUAUGGCUACCCUGUCUACUUUUGAAAAAGCUGCUGAGUGGGCCAAGGCAGGCAAAUUCACGCAGCAAGACAUUGAUGAAGCCAAGCUUGCUGUGUUUGCAUCUGUAGAUGCCCCCUUAGCUCCAUCGGACAAAGGGAUGAAUAACUUUUUGUAUGGGAUCUCCGAUGAGAUGAAGCAGAGGCACAGGGAGCAUCUUUUUGCCGUCUCCAGGGAUAACUUGAUAGAUGCAGCCAACACGUACCUAGCUGCUGGGAAGAGAACAAAAGGACUGGCUAUUCUCGGCCCAGAUAACCCCUACACUGCCAAAGAUCCUUCGUGGGUUAUACGAUAACACUGUCAGCUUGGUGUACACGAAAUCAAAUAAACCAAUAUAUAUGUGACAAAUACCAAAAUAACUUUGGAUCCUGCUGCUCUGUAACAGUGCUGCCGGGACAAGAAGCCAUUGCACUGUGUCAUAUUAAAGAGUGUGCAGCUGCAGUAGUGUCAGUCUUUCAUUAAACACCUAGAGGUGGGUUUUUGGUUUUUUUUAAAACCCUGACACUCUAGCUUAUGACCCCAGUUUAGCUCAAUCAGUUGAGAUCAUUUGACUGAUUCUAGUUCCAGCUGGAACCACUGUUAGUUCUGGUUUAAUUGAUCAGUGUUAAUUUUAGCUAGAUCAUGCUUAACACUUUGAUAGUAUCUAAAUACAUUAGAGAAUAAUUCAGUUUAUUUGAAAUCAUGUCUAAUAAAUUGUUUUGCCUUUUUAAAAAAACUAUGAUUGACUUUGACAUUCUUCUGUAUUCGUACUUGAAUAUUUUGUGUCAACUUUGUACCAUUAAAUAUUUCC